AUGGAAGAGAUACUGCUGCUAAACAGAGAACGUCAAGGUUCCCUAAAUCAAGAGGAGUCUGGACUGAUAGACAUGGUAAAGUGGUUAGCAUUUUGUAAAACACUUAGUUUAGAUCGACAGAGUCAUAAAUUAAUCAACUUACGUAAUUGCCUAAUUUGGUUUAUUUCGAGAGGAGCACUUACUAGUAAUUUAGAUUACCGUCACAUAAGAAUUUUCGAUUUCCAGGCUAUAUAUUUGAAAAUCGAUUCAAGUUUAUGAGACGCGCGCGAGCCGAGAGAGGGCAAACGGGAAGGGCGACCGCCUCUAAUGUUAGUCUCAAUUUUAUUGCCAUGCUGCUCAAUCCCAAGUUAACAUGCAUAACAGACGUUACUUAGUCGAGCGCAAAUCGCGAGAGACGAAUGCAUAGGGCGUGACGUCAUGUUUCGCGCUUUUCGCUCAACUGUUGCAGGCGAAAAGUAGACUUGGCAAAUCAUUUAAUGUAACCAGAGGAUUCGCUCAAAAGUGACAGUGGUGCUAGAGACUGAUAGAGACGUUUCACUGUUAAAGAGGCGGAGUUUUUCCACCUCAUCGCUUGGCGCCAUGUGGGACGACUCCCUGCCCUGGACCUCAGGAAACUUUAUAGGCCAUUUCCAAUUAAGUGCCAAAGUCUUUCACUUUCAAAAUGAGGCAAACUGCAAAAUUUCUUUAUAUGUAAGUCUAACAAAGACGUCGCACUUCCCCUCGAUUUGGGGAAAAGGCUUAUAUAACGUUUAUGGUUACAAAUUCGGUUAAUAAUUAGUUGGAUGGAAUCAGCAGUUGACAGGGUACCAAGAUCGAAGUAAAUUUUUGGGUUCGUUAGUUAUUUUCGCCUACUUUUUUCCCCCAAAAAAGUGAACAAUGGUAAAAACCAACCAUUUCCACUGUCCUUCAACUUCAGCAUUUUUUGCUUGAAAUUGUUCUACGUUUUUAGCUUUUACAACAUUAUGUAAUAAUCUCGUGAUCUACUCUUUUAACAAUUUUUAACUGUUUAUAUACUUUAUUAUAGUUUUAACUAAAUCUUCUGUUUCUAUUAUUAUUUUUGUUUACUUAGUUAUUAUAUUUUUUCGCGGAAUAUCUGUAAAGUAGCUAAUUAGCUAAGAACGUUGAUCACGUUAAAUAAAGAUUAUUGUAUUGUAUUGUACGUACUUCUAACACAGCCCUACAAAAUCUCCCAAAUUGACGUUUAGGCCUACCAUAAGACGUGGGCCCAGCGAGCGAGAUAUACCAGGUAAAACUGAACUGAAUAAGAAAACUUGGACAUAUUUUUGCAAGUCACAUCUUCUGAUUAAAGUUUAUUACAAAUCACGACAAAGUUAUCACAAAUAACGGCAGUUUUUUUUUUAUUACAAAUUAAUUACGUCAAAGUUCUUUCAAAUUGCGACAGGUAUUACAAAUUACGACAAAAUUAUUACAGAGUACGACAGCUGUUACAAAUUACGACAAUUAUUACAAAUUAAGACAGAAGAUAUGAAUCAGCGUAUGUUGUAAAGAACUUUUAAUUGGGCAAUUUUAUCUGAAGAGUGCCACUCUUUUUUAUAGAGUAUGUUGUUUUUCCGGCCCAAGCUCAACAUUCUUAUUAUUUCUGUCGAUUUAGGGUGAAAAUAUUCUAGAAUUAUUCUUGAUUAUAAAUUAUAGCUUAUGGCCUUUUCGCUUUAGAAUGUCGAGUAUUGGAAUCUCAAUUAACAAUGUUCUCCGCGCCGUUUAUGUAAGGAAUAAUUUUAUACGGUUACUGUUAAAAGCAUAUAAUUGCAUUGUAUUUACAGAUUUUCAACCGAUGAAAUUUAGUCCUUUUGAAACUCUCAACCUCGGGUUUAUUCUUAAACCAUUCUUAAAAUUUCGCGUCAAAUUUCAGCCUCGUUCUUAUAAAACAUAUUCUUAUACAAAAAAAAACCUUCGUACUAAACUAGUUAGAAAUUGAACUGGAAUGCCAAGUCGCAUCUUACGUUGAUCAGAUCACCUCGAUUAUAUUUAUACAUCUAUACUAUUAAGUGACUUUUCCUGGUCCUAAAAUACAGAAAUUGCCACAUAGACAGUACGCAAGUAGCCUGCGACCGCAGCGGUUUAAGCGACGACCGGAAAUACGUCUGCGGUCGCAGGCUAGCCUGCAAGGGGUGUUUCAUGGUGUUGCGGAGACCAUUGCCUUUUCACAGGGUUAAUUUAUUUAAUUAUUUAUAUAGAGGAUAUUACACGGUGGCGCGAAGAUAUGAAUUUUAUUUUCGAGUGGCAAAACAAUAUUUUACGAACGAGCGCAGCGAGUGACUAAAAUAUUGUUUUUGCCACGAGGAAAUAAAAUUUGUAUCUUCAAGCCGCCGCGUAAUGUUCUUUUUAUUAUAUAGACAAAAUGACAUCGAUAAAUUAAUAGAGGGAAAUUUCUAAAAUUACGUCAUCGAUAAACUCACGUGUGAGAUUAUGGAAAAUAAACCACUCGGGUCCCGGAUGUAGUUUUUAUGAAAUUUACGAGUGGUAUAUUUUCCAGUAAAACACUCGUGUCUAUAUAAUAAAAAUAAUAAAUUUAUUUAUUCAUCUAUUGCAGAAGAUUGACUAUGUGUUAGUUUAUUCUGAGGCUGAAACGGGAAAAGAAAAUGAGGAAGAAGAGAAGCAGAAGGCAGAGGCCAGAGGAAAAUUUGAGGAGAAUCUUAGAAAACAGGGGCUCAUAGUGGAACAUGUUAACUCCACAGACGAGCAGGUACGUUAGUUGUGUUUUUCAUGAAUUAAUUUUUUGGGACAAUUACUCUUCAUUAGGCCUCAUAUAGUUAGGUUUUGUAAACAUAUCCAGCUUCAUUGUAUGUGCGAAAAAACGAUUUUUUUGUAACCGGUAAGAAAUACCAGCCUGAGAAAACAGCCGACAUUUGGCGACGCUACCACUGGUUUCCCCGCCAAAUGACGUCCGAGAAAAGAGUGCAGAAAUUCCAUACUGAUGACGCGUCACUAUUGAGAUCUGGGUAGUGACGCGUCAUCAGUAUGGAAUUUCUUCGCUCGUUUCUCAGACGUCAUUUGGCCGGGAAAACAGUGUAGCGUCGCCAAAUGUCGGCUGUUUUCUCAGACUAACGAAAUACUAACAAAGCAUCUUCCUAAAUAGGAAAGAAAUACUGACCUUUAAUUCUGACUUUUUUGGCUGAUGUUUUGUUCAUGUCAUCUUUCCGUACACAGGAAAAUGUAGUUUUUGUUUUGAUUCAUGCUCCUUGGGAGGUGCUUGCUAAAUGCGCCGAGGAAAUGAUGAUCCGCGCCCCCGUACGAGAAAAAGAUACCCUGACAACAUCUUAUACACAUCCCCGAAAACGCAAAUGGCUUCAAAAGGCCAAGAAUGUCCUCAACAUCUUUCAACUCCAAGAGGAAUUUGCUCCGAGAAAAGAACGUCAAGUUACGGCAUUUUUCAGCAGAGCAAAGUCUGAGUGUUUUCAGAUUGAUGACACAAAAACGUUUUUUUCUGACAUCGAUCGAGGUCGAAUGACCCAUCGCCUUUUAAUCUCGACAAAAUAUUCGUCGGAAGUCGAGGAGUUCGGAAUUUCGCGACUUCUAUAUCAAGGGGUGUACACAGAUGCGUUUCCCUUACAUCAAGAUCUUUCAGCGGUAUCUGGCAAGGAUAUUUUGAAAACUGACCGUCAGUGCUUGCGUGAGAGUUGGGCUUCGUUUAGUCAGUGGUACAAGUAUCAACCGUUGGAUGCGAUUAAGAGUUAUUUCGGGACUCGAGUAGCAUUUUAUUUUGCUUGGCUUGGAAUUUAUAACUUCAUGCUAGUAAUUGCCGCUUUGGUUGGCGUAUGGUGUUUCGUGGCUGGUCUUGGGACUAUGGUGACAUUUACACCUGUUAAAGAAAUCUGCAAUGAGAGUAAUUCGGAGUUAUUUUACAUGUGUCCGCUUUGCGACAAGGACUGCAGCUACUGGACUUUAACACAGAGCUGUCGUUAUGCGAAAGUAACUCACCUCUUUGACCAUGAAGGAACUGUAUUUUUUGCGGUUUUUAUGUCACUAUGGGCAACCGUUUUCCUUGAGUUGUGGCGCAGACGUGAAAUAAGUUUGGCAUACAAAUGGGACAUGCUGAACUUUGAAGAUGAAUUCGAGCCGCCAAGGCCGGCUUUUGCGGCCAAAGCAAAAGGUAAAAGAACAAACCCUGUUACGGGAAAAAGUGAGCCUUACAUUCCCUUUUCUCGUCGUGUUGGAAAGUUCACUUGCGGCGUCAUAGUUGUAAUUUUCAUGGUUUUCCUGGUGAUUGCCACACUUGUAGGCGUGGUCAUUUACAGGGCUGCCGUGGUUGCUGCGCUGUCUGCAUACCCGAAUGAAGAUGUCCAGCAAGGCGCGCGUGUUAUUACAUCGUUAACGGCGUCGGUGCUGAAUCUUGUUGCCAUAACAGUCUUAGGCUACGUGUAUGAAAAGAUCGCGAUCGCGCUCACAGAUUGGGAAAUGCCCAGAACGCGAACAGAAUACCACAACAUAUUGACACUGAAGUUGUUUUCAUUCCAGUCAGUCAAUAUGUACUCCUCUCUGUUUUACAUCGCGUUCUUUAAAAGUAGCCGCAUCAUUGGUUACCCUGGAAAUUAUUAUCGCAUCAAUGGCGGCCGCAUGGAAGGUUGUGAUCCGUCGGGCUGUUUUAUCGAGCUUUGUAUACAGCUAGCUGUCAUUAUGGUGGGAAAGCAAUUCAUCAACUCCAUCUCCAAGUUUGCCAUUCCGUAAGUUAAGCCAUGAAAUAAUUAACUCGGUGUAGGAACCUGAGACAAGCUUGCUGUCGAUUUUGAUAGAUUGUGCCAGCAUAAGUUUUGGCAUAAUUCAUCAGUACGAGCAUAAUCUCCAAUUAUUUUCCAAAGAAAAGCCCUGCUAGCAUAAUUUGCACUUUUGGCUUGUCUUGCAACACAAGUUUGUCAUUUAUUGAUGACACCACAAAUAUUUUUAGCUCGAGAUCAGUGUCACAGGCAAAUUUAAGUAAAAAAUUCAAUUUUUUUAACUGCUUUUUUCCACAUCUUUUGGUGCUGGGUCCCGAAGUGAAUCAGGACUUUUUCCACAGAACUCAAAGCAUUCGCAUAGCCAAAUCAUAUAAUGAAUACUAUAGUAAAGGUUCUACUAUCAUAUUGUUGUCAGUAGGGUAAGUGUGUUUGUCAUUUACUUGUUUGUUGCUUAGUUAUUUAGGUGUUUUUACUAAAUUUAAAGUAAAAAGUAGAGGUAUAUACUAAGUUCUGCUUUUUUUUUGGGCUCAAUUCACCAUAAUUAUCGGCAUAAUUUUAGAAAUACACGCGCACUGCUAGAGGCAUAUUAUGCUACUUUUGCGAGUACAUCUAUUAAAGCCUACUGUCGAGGAACAAAGAAUAUUUGACAGGGUUCGCGUUAGCCCAGACUGCGUGAAAGCUACAAGCAGUUGCAAAAUUACUUAUGAGACACUGUCCCUUAUUUUGGCUUAACUGACCUGCUUAGGAUCUUGUGCUCGGGAUCCCCUUUCCUCUCCUUAUCAAAGUUGCUAGCAAUACAAGACCAUGCUCAAAACUUAAGUAUAGGGUCAACAACUCUCAUGGAGGGGAGGAGGGAGGUGAGUAUCACACAUUACAGAGUGACUAGCACCAAUUUGAAUUAAGAAAGGUCGGUUUCUCGUUGGAUUUUCUCGACAUUUUGCGACUGGUUGUAGUUCCAGGUUAUUAUCGAGAAACACCAAAAAGGAUACACCCUGGUUAAAUAUCAUAAAUAUCAGUACUUUUGUUUCUGCCCGGCUGAGAUUCCGAGAGACUAAAUAAAAAAACUUCAGGUUCUGAGUGGGUUUUUCUUGAAUUUUAGAAACCGAAAAUAGCGGUUGUAGCAACUUACUGGGUAGCACUGGCUAAGUUUUGUUCUGUGUGUGUGUUCGUGUGUGGUACAGGUCUUUGUUACGUUGGUGGUACGGACGAUCACACAAGGAGACAACCGGGAAUAAACAGCCUCGCCAAUGGGAGACAGACUACCUUCUGAAUAGCGAACCUGACUUGAGGAUGUUCUACGAGUAUCACGAUAUGGGUAAGCUGCAGGAAUCCACAGCAGUUGCUCUUUUUUUAGUGUUCGAUCUGUAACUAAUUUUUGGAGCAAUGAGGUGUCACGACUUCUUGCAGAACAAGAGUUUUCAGGGGUGGUCAGGCCUAAAUUAUCAGCUUGAAAUUCCAAUAUGUUAACUUUAUAGUUCUUGUUUACACAUAAUGAGUCAGAUUUGCAGUAUAGAUGCACAGGGUCCAGAGGAGUUUCGUGUGAGUAAAUGAAUUACUUAUUUAAAGUCCCACCUUGAAAAAUGUCUAUACCUGUCGCUUAGCACGAUUAAUUAGCCCAAUGGGAUCUUAAUGAAUCUACUGUAAACGAUUUCUUCGCUACUAAUCUGACCAGAUCGACUUUGUUGUUCGCCAUUUUGAAAACCAAUAACCGCAAGCCAUAUCCUCGCUUGCGCACGGAACGUCGGCCGAAGGGUGACCGAAGGCUGUCGCCCGAAGGGCGACCGAGGCACGAAGUGCCCGAGUAAAAAAAUGGACUGUAAGCCGAUCUUGCUCGCCCUCAGUCUCUUGGUUUGCGGUCUAUAGAAUGAGUAACAAACUGUAACGCGAUCAAAAUAACCCAUUUUUUCAGAGGUUUUCGACGGGUUUUGAUGCUCUAACGACAAACACAUCUCCUCUGGACCCUGUGAUAGAUGUAGGGAAUUUUCGUUGGACUGUUAAGUGCUCGAGAGCCACGUCGACGGAGCUACUUUUUCGAUAGUUUUGUCAAAUUGCACUUAGUAAUAGUUGGAUGGUUUCUGGAUGCUUUUAAUAUAUUUUUUAGUUUAAUUUUUUCCUGUUCUUUAUUUUCAGUUAUUCAGUUUGGCUUUGUGACGAUGUUUGUGGCGGCGUUUCCUCUGGCCCCAUUCUUCGCACUCAUCAACAAUAUCUUGGAACUGCGCAUAGAUGCUAUUAACUUUGUUGUAAACUUCCGCAGACCCGUCGCAGAGCGUUCAAAAGGAAUUGGAGUCUGGUUUGGAAUCCUACGAACGAUGAGUUGGUUUGCUGUCUUGGUGAAUUCAUUCGUAAUUGCUUUUACUUCUGAAUUUAUUCCGCGGUAUGAAACAUUUCUACAGCAUUGAUUACUUGUGUUUGUUAUAUUAGUUGCAAGUCAAUGAUAGGCCUGAAUCUUUUUAAUCCUAAAAUUAACUUGGGCUAAAGUUCAAGUACUUCUUGAAAACGUUAGCCUGCGAACAGCAGACGUAUUUCCGGUCGUCGCUUCUCUCCCUCCUUUUUAUGGUCGUGAAAUUCACGUUCCAAAGCGUAUUAGCUAACUCCCGCAAAAAUCCAAGACGCGGCAGCGCGCGAGAUCUCUAGGGGUCACUCGAGCUGUAUUCUAUCCUUUGAUCUGAUUGGCCAAUAUCAAAACAAAAGGUUUUACGUCACCGAAAUCGUUUUGCCGCUCGGGUUCGCAGACGUUAUUUUUCGGAGGAAGAGAAGCGACGACCGGAAAUACGUCCACCCUUUCGCAGGUUAGGAAAACGUCUGCUUGGUUGUAUAUAGAACGUACUUGACAUGGCCGUUAAGGGUUCUUGUUUUGAAGCAUUUCUGGUAGUAUUUUGGGAUUUUUCAUGGGUUUUUUUAUUUUUGGCUUAUGGACUUUGUAUAUGUAGUGAUACAAGUAAUGGGCCAGGACUGUCCUGUUUUAAAAUGAUCAAUAGAAAAAGGGAUCACAGAGAAUGAUUCAAGAAAAAAAUAUAUCGCAAUGUAGAAAUUGCGAAUAGAUUUUAUAUAGUAGAUGAUCUGUAAAUUACUAAUAAAUACAAAACGCCUGGAAAUUGUUGACUAUGCGUAAAGUGACAUUUAGGUACUAGAUAAAGAUAAAGGCGCACUCGAGCCAAAGGACCACACGGCCGGAGCGUAAACCGGUUUCAUUGGCAUGGAGCAUGGCUAGGAAUAAUGCUACUCCCCCGUGGGAGCCAUCACGUGGGUUUGCAUUUAAUGAGUGAUCUGGAAAAAGUAAAAGAAUAUACUCAAUGACCAGUAAACGAAACCCAGCAUUUAAAAUGGUGUAUACUUUAAUUUUUUGCUCGGUUUUUUUUUUAAUUGUUUAGUUUUUUCUAUUCCUUUUUGCAGGGAAGUAUACAAAUAUGCAUACAGCUCCGAUGGUAGUCUAACUGGCUACGUCAACAACAGCUUGGCAUAUUUUAACGUGGAAGACUUUAGUGAAAUGGCUAUUCCAAGAGAUCCUUUCUUGAAUCUGCCAUACAACAAGUCAUUUUGUAGGUCAGUAUAUAAUCCGAGCACACUCGAGGUGUUUCCGCAACAUUUCAUUACAGGAUAUCGAACAGAGAUUUCUUUGCCAGUUAUGCCAUAAUGAAGCUCAAAAAUGGCAUUGCCUGUAGACUUUAAAGUUUCACGGCUGUAACACUAUAACUUUGGUUGACAUGCAGCACUUCAAUCUUUGAAUAACACUUUAACCAAUCCGUUUAAGAGCCAUGUCAUAACUGACUUACCGACUGACUGACUGACUGACUGACUGAUCGACUGUACCCUUGGGUUGAGUAGGUUUACAUUCGUAAAACCAGUAAAACUGCUACAAACCAAAUUUCUCUUCAUUGAAAGUUUUCGUAUUUUUAUCUUUUUCAGGUUUAAGGAAUACGUUGAGCCAAUCAAGCCUUACCAAUUCAGUCGCCAAUAUUUCUAUGUCCUGGCUGUAAGAUUUGGUUUUGUCAUCCUCUUUCAAUAUUUCGUGUUUUUCACUGUGCAGUUGUUAGACUGGCUGAUUCCCGAUGUUCCGCACAAGCUUGAAGUGAGAAUCAAGCGAGAAAAUUACAUCGCCAGGGAGUGUCUGUCCCGGAGCGAGGCUGAGGCGUCACGUGACCUGGAUGCACGUGUGUCCUACGGUGGUGGUUCCGCAAACUCUGUUUACCUGUCGUGCGAGAACAUUCACAGAAACCAUCACUCCAGUCUAGUUGGAAGCAGAAUAUAGUCAGAAUGACAAUCGGAUAGGACGACAAAACGAAGUUGCUUAUUGUGGAAUAAUGAGGAACAGCAAGGUACAGAAAACCAUGCUGAAGCUAGCGAGAGAUCACGGCGAGAGAUGGGGGAGAGCUGGGAACUUGGGGACACGAUGGGAAAUAUUUUUCUGAACAGAAGCUGGCGUCCGCAUUUUUACUCCUCCCAGAAAACGAAAAUGUAUUGAAUUGGCGUGAUGUUUGGCAUCUAUGAAAGAAACACUUUGGUGAUAUAACCAUUGUUAACUUGAGGAUCCUCAAUAGGUCGGUUGAGGCAUCCAGUUUUGGGAUAUUAGACUGAAAAGAGAACGAUGAGUUGGGAAGGUUGUUAAUUUAAGAAGGACACGGAGUUUAACGAGAUCCAAACAUCGGGAGAAGUUGUUUUUGAAAAGUAACAAGCAAGAGCGAGCUCGAAAAUGUAUCUAUGCAUGUAUUUUCCCUUAACCUGACUAGGUGAACGACUGUUGUAAACGUACCACAUGUCCUUUCCGAUUGAAAGACCAAGGAUUCUAUAUUUUACCACACCCAGAUAUGGUGAGAAAUAGAAAAUGUUUUGAUACCUUAUGCGUGGUCUCUUCUUUGCCUUUCGACUUCAAAACUAGGUUUUUUUUUUCAAAAUCGAUUCAUCGUAACUUAAAAAGUCUCACUGGCGCGAAGCAAGCAAGCUUCACACCCCCGUUGGGGGCGUGAGGUGAGAGAAAAAAAGCCGACUAUCUGUUUUGUAUACAUUAUAUUCGUUGGAAUUUCCCGCUUUUCCCAGCCACGGGCAAUUCCUAUUGGAAAGUCAUCCACGAUGUCCGUUUCAGCGUCACUCUCCAGUCACGCUCUCCGUUUUCAGCCUCGCUACAGACCUUUUGUUUGACUGCUGGCACGUACUUGAAUAGGCAAAAAUACGGUCUGUUUUGCAGUCUACUGGGCCUUACAGCAAUGCGUUAUUUAUACUUAAACUUGUGAACAGUGUGUAGCUGAUUUAUUGCCUUCAUGCAUGCGGAAAAUGUUUUGUCUUUCCUAUUUUUGGUCUGAUUUCUCAAAAUCCGUGAAUUGAUAAAGGCAGAAGAUUUGGUUUCGUGAAAAUAAUGCGUUUCUCCUCUAAAAACGAAACAUAACAAUCAGCAAACAAAACACAUAAAAACAAAAACAAAACAAACACAAAAGAAAUAAAACAAAAGGAAACAAUUCAAAUAAAUUCGACCCAUACCGUCCCUCACUGCAAAACGAUGACACUGACGUGUUUUUAUGGGUAAGAUGCUGAUAAUUAACGCCGACAGAGCCCAAUAUAUAUGCAUAUUCUAAAGCAGAUGAGAAAUAAAGAAAAGCGUAUGAAAUUUCUUAACCCGUGCACGAAAAUAUUGCUGUUUUGCAGUACCCGAUUGGCUUUCUGUGAUAUUACAUUGUUAAAAAUCACAUGUUUUGUAUUUUCAUCUUAUGCCCCCUUUGCACGUCGUCCAAAUACGCUGGGACAUAUCUGACGUUGAAUUUAAAAGUUACACUAUUUUGUCUUUAAAAACAAGGCCGUAGGUGACGUAAAUGGAGAAAAAGAAACUCAUUCAAGGGUAAGUUAAUGCUAGUUUAUUCCCAUGUAUUAUGACAUGUGUUCCCCGCUCUGUUUGUUCUGGGACCAUGUAUUCUUUGGAUGAAGCACAUACAACGUAUUACUGAUCGAAGUUAGUACUAAAGGGAUCUUACAUUAAGAAGCAAUAAGCAUUAAGUUUCCCUUUAAUUCUGUAGAAAAGUAUCAGUCUCGCACUUUGUUGGUACAUGCUCUGUUUUCAAGAGUACAAACAGCUUUCUCAGCAAAGUGAUAUUUGACUGCAUUGUGCAUUGUAGAUUUUUGCUAUUACGGACAGUGCUUCGCCGUCCCGAUGGCGACGGGAGAAUAGGGAGCUCAAGCAACGAAGAUGGUGUCGGCAACGAGAACGGCAAAAAAGCUAUUUCGUCGCACUAUUACGACGUCAAAGUGCCGAUUUCACGUGUUGUCGAGAACUCGGGAACACAAGAUAACAACUUUCCUGAACUUUGAUACAGUCCUUUAGCCGUUCAACUCCAAAAAAUAGUUGCCAACGUUUGACAAAUUAAACAACGUGGAAUAAGAGCGAGAAAGUUUGAAGCAGCGGGAAUUCACAUUUUAAGUGACGUUUUCGUAGCCCUUCGCCGUCGUUGUUGCUUAAGCUCCCCUGACUAGUGUCUUGACGAAACCUAGGAUCGACGAAAGGACAUUUUGCUUUCCAAUUAGCAUAGAACCGCAACCAGAUAUAACGUACUUACCUGUGUUAGAAUUAGGAUUGACGACAUUUCUUCUGACGUGGUUUUAUAGGAGAGAAACAAUGUUUUCAUAUGGUGCAAUGGAUGAAAACAGGAAUAUACCCAAGAUGCUGGCAACUAUGUAAGUGCUUCUUAUAAUUUCCUAUAACCAGUAUAACGGUAACCUGAGAUCAGGCUCUAUUUUCGUUUUGCUUUGAAAAUAACAUUCCGGCAGGCAAGGCGAAACGAAAAGAGAUAGCCGAUAGCCGUUGUAGAGAAUGUAUGAGAACCGCCAAAAUUGGGCCUAAUCUCAGCUUAGUAUAACAGGGACAACAAGUAAGGUAACUGGCGCGGAACGUUGGCGCCACUAUUGGGACUGGCCGGCACCAAAAAAAGUAGUACUGGUCAGUGAAGUUACCUAAGCCCGUUACCUUAGCUUUUAGCCAUUAAGUGCACCGUCGUAGAUAGCUCGACUGUUCUAGCGUCUAUUAGUAAGUGAUCUGAAUGAUUACCCUGGAUUUUUCAGCAAACACAGAAAGGAAAAGCACAAUGUAGCUGACGAAAACAUGAACGAAGUUGACGAAAAUAUGAACGCAGUUGACGGAAAGUUGAACACAUUUGACGAAAAUACGGAAAUGGCCCUUCCUGGCGAGCCGAAGUCUUCACCAAAGUCUGUAACAAAAAGGUUGGUCUUUUAAUGAAGGAAAAGUAAAAAUGGUAUUUCUGUUAUGUGCAAGCAUAAUAAUAAUAAUAAUAAUAAUAAAAAAUAAUAACGAUGACGAUGACGAAGAUGAUGAUGAUGAUGAUGAUGAUGAAACUCGAGAUAUUUAUUUAAGCUUGAAAAUAUGUACAGUACAUAAUUUACAGAAAUGUUUGAAAUAGAAAUUAAGCACUAUAUAACCAGGAGUAUAUAACAGUAAAAAACUUAUACUUGAAAUCCUAAAAAUUCAUUCACUAUGUAAAUAAUGAUUUUCCAAAUACACUCCUUGCUGCUGAGAUGCGAUGAUUUUAGGUAGCAAGAUAUCACUUGCUCACACUUCAGUUUUUUAAAUUAAGUCAUGGCAAAAAAAGUUAAUGCGUUUCUGAUUAAAACAAAACAAGUUAAAAAGAGUAAAUAAACUCGUAUUGCUAAAUAACAUUAUUGUCGAUAACGAUAACGAUAAUGAUAAUGAUAAUGAUAAUGAUAAUGAUAAUGAUAAUGAUAAUGAUAAUGAUAAUAAUAAAGUGGUAGGAGCGAUGUUACCUACAGGAAAAUCGGUCGGACCCAAAAAUGGCCAUAUGCACGAAUUAUGGGGCCUAGAGACCCUCGUGGACAAGUAAAACAUGUGAGUCCAGUCACGUGACAACGGUAUUUUUAAAUAUUUGGCUUUUGAAAACAUCGUAUAACUGAUAAACGUAGAUUCCACACACAAUUCAUAACUGCUUGUCAUUAGAUGGUGGGCAUUCAAAUACUCCUUUCGCACAACCUCGUCCCCAGGGCUUUUCCCUCAAUUUUUGAGGGAAAAGCCCUGGGGAAGAGGUCGCCUUUCACACUGCUUCAAUAUGCCGGCUUCAGCUCAAAGUAGCGCACGCAUGCUGACUUUGGCCGGCCUGAGUAGGAGAACAAAUGUAUAAGAGCAGCUAAAGUUCAGAUAGAUCUCAGAAAGAGAACAUAAAAAGUAUAAUGGUAACAAAUUCCUAGAACUUUUAUAAAUUUGCACGAAACACGCGGAUUGGUCCGCUCCAAAGUUCGAGGACAUGCAUGGAGUCUUAAUCUUCAAUACAAGAUUUUGGGGAACGGUUUGUCUAUAUCGAAAUUUGCAGAGGACGUUUUUUAAACAAUAAUAUAAUUUUGGAAACAAAACCUCCAAUUAAAAGUCGUAAUACUAUCGAUUCAAUGGUAUGUCUACUUGAAAAUAAGGUUGAUCGAUUGUAUAUUUGCGGUGGCGGGGAUAAAACCAAAAAAACAUCAUGCCUCAACAUAUUCACAGCCAGUCUGUCGCAAAUCGAUCACGUUCCGCAAUUUGUCUUAAGCCAUACGCGCUUUUUGUGGUCAUCUGUCUAACAACAGAGCCAUUGGACAAACCAAAGCCGCUUCAACAUUCUAACCGAAAAUCUCUUGGGAAUUUGUAUCCUGCUUUCCAGUCCAUUCCGUAGACGUGACUCCUUGAACAAACGUGACUUUCACUCCAAAGGGUCGCGUUGAAUAUACGUGACAUGACCAGCACAUGGCUGCACCACAACAAAAACAUUCUAUGAGAAGUUAGAUAUCUACGUUUAGUAUUAACUAUUAAAUUUCUUGUCUACUCUGAAUACCAAUGGCACACCCAAGUGAAAGCGGUCUGCGUUCCCGAGUUCCAGCGAGUAACGGUGAUGGUUUAAGGCGACCAGAAAGUUCAGCUGAUCAAACACCGCUGCUAGACGAAGACGCUUUACUAUCAAAGCAUCAAAUGAUGGAGGAAAAGACGUUGGAACUCGAGUUAGAGCACGUUGAUGUCGAAAAGAGAGAGAAGGAGAGGCUAUGUUUUCGAGACGGCAAAAGAUUCAUCGACUAUGUGAUUGUUUACGAGACACCUUCCGAUAAAUCAGAGUUAAAGGACGAAGAGAAGGAAGAACUACAGGAAAAGGCUCAGAAACGAGAAAAAUUUGAGCAGAAUGUAUUGGAAGCCGGUCUCGAGAUCGAAUACGAAGAAGAAGUUACCACAAAGGUACGUUCAGUGAAAGAGUAUUUUUGAUUUUUGAUAUUCAUCGUGGCUGACCCAUCCUUGGCGAUAUUUCAUGCAAAUUGUGGCACGAAAUAUACUUAAUGAACACAUACAGCUGGAAAUUGUAAUUUGGAUAGGCUCACUUAUUUAAAAUCUUGAUUAAAUUUUAAAGGCACUAGACACGAGGAUUUCCUUUGAGUAAAUUGAUAAUAAAUAAUCAAAAAUAUAAGUUUACAUAUUGGCUAUCCUCAAGCGGACAUUAUGUAGAAUACAUCGCAUUGCGCUCAACAAGGCUGCUCAUAAAUUAUCAGACAGCAUCCGACGUUACAAUUACUUGGUUAUUAUUUUCGUCAUACUAAUUUUUAUUUCGAUCUUUGGAAAUACCAUUUGAAAAUACACAUGAGACUUGUAAAAUGUUUUCUUAACAUACAGUUCUUGUAUUUACGAAGAAGUAUGCCGAGCAUGUGGCGUGGUACAUGCUUUGUUUAUUUGUUUUACUUUGUCUUGCUAAAAUGUGUCUUCAGACACUCCUUAAGCUGCUAAAUUGUUUUUUUGGUUUUAUUUUUGCUUUUUGUUUUUUUCACAUAAAACUCUCGUAUUUUCUUGUUUCUAAUAUUAACCGAUUCGCUUGAUCAAUCGAUGUUUGUUAUAAUACGUAUGCCAGCCGUCUGGGCAUAUCUUAUGCAGGAGUGAUGUGUCACGCAAUCUUUCUGUUUUGGACACUCUCGUAAGCAGUCACACCACUUCUGGUGUUCCGUAUAAAACUCGUACAAAUCUUACCGUAGAAGAAGCAUUCCUGCAAGCGGCCAGCUCAGUUGCGGGCAUUUUUUUCCUUCUCGAGGGUGUCUAUGAUGCUGUCUGUCAUGCCAGGCCGCUCAUAGAUAAUCAUAUGUAGUUGUUACAUGGUCAGGAUAAAACAUGGACUGCGGAAUGCGGACUACGGACUGCGGACUGGGUAUAAAAUACGGACUAGGUAUAAAACGUGGACUGGAAAAUAUGGACUGGGUAUAAAAACGCGGACUGUGGACUGCAGACUGGGUAUGAAAUACGGACUACGGACUAUGUUGGUAAAAACGGUGCUAAUUGUUCUAGGUAAGGUAAAAAUAAUAAGGCCAGAAGAUCGCUAAAUAGCAAGACACGUGGGUUUAAGUUUUAAAUAUUCCUAGAAAUUCUUGGUGGAGGUGUGCUGCCCGGUUCUCUGAAUCAUGAGCCUGACGUCGAAAUCGCUAUUUUCUACACCCGUUUUUUUAAGACCCGGUCUCGGUCUUUAACAAUCAUGAAAGGGGUUAGGACCCUGGUAGUGGGUACUUCCUUAUAUAAGCCAUAGAGGUAUGUGCACCCCGAAGUGUAGGGUUUUUGGGUCUUUUUGAUCUGAAAACACUGGAAUCGGGUGUGGGUUUCGAGGUAACUACAGGAGGUACAUCGUAUAAACGUAUUUAUCGUUUCAAUUCCAAAUGAAUAAGAACGAAAUAGAAAUAUGAAAUAUUCGAAAUGCAUUUGAAGAAUUUUUUUUGUUUGCGCUCUAAUCUGGUAAUGAUGAUAUAAUUUCUGCCUAAUCAGGCCUAGCCUGUUCAUGCUCAGGAGAUUGUUGGGUCCUCACUAAUUGAGAAAGCGCGAACACGAAAAUAAAACGGGAGGAAACUGCAACUAUCUGAGAGCCUGGAACAGGCUACAUAAGGCCAGCCGGCUGAAAAUGGGUAGUUUUUUUAGACCUGGUCUGCAAACGGGUGUGGAAAAUGACAUUUUUUGGUCUGAAAUAGGGUCAGGAUUUAAAGAACCGGGCGGCACACCCCCACCAAGAAUUCUCCGGAGUACCCCCCUCCAGGGGUCAGGAGCAGGGUUUAAAAUCAUGUUGGAUGAUUCGUUUCGGUCAUUAUUCACGUAUAGGUCAGUAAUCCCUCCCACCUUAAUACUGCUUUUUUUACAUCGCGGAAUGCCUCUAUAUUGACCUUCCCGUCUGAGUACUUCAUUUCUCAUAUUCCCAAGGUUUAAUUUGAAACGGAAUAGUGGCCCUAUUUUUUUUAUUUCGGUGUUUCUUAUUGGUUUAAAACCAUAAUUGGAUUCUCUUCUAACUCCUCCUUUUUAUAAAAUUCAGAAUUUAAUUUCAGUUGCCUCGAGUAGCGGCAUAACCUUCCUUGUCCGUGCAGUAUGCUUUCCUUCUCCACAUGACGCUGACGUGACUGCGUGACCAGCUAAAGGAAUGUUUGUGUGGGAGGCAAGGAGCUGGAACUACUGUUUUAUGCUAGUCCGCUUCCCUUGUCUCUCAGUUUUACCUUUCCAAAGCCGUUUUUAUAUACAUAGUCCGUAGUCCGUGUUUUAUACCCAGUCCACAGUCCGUGGUCCGCAGUCCGCAAGUCCGCCGCAGUCCGCAGUCCAUCUUUUAUACUGACCGCUUGUUACAUUAGCCUGUACAUAGGCGUUGUUUUGUUUUUCUUUUCAUUCUUUUCUUCGUAACCCUACAGGAGCAUUUUGUACAUGGGUAAAGGCACUCAGUAAUGGUUUACGCACAGAAUUGACCUUAAAAGGCAAUAUUCUCGUGACAAAGCUCUUUUAAGGUUUUCAUCUCAGACUGAUUGUGUACUGUUUUUAUUUUUAUUUUCUCUCUUUAUCUCUCCUUUUUUUUAACAAGGAUGACAAAACUGAGACCCAUUUUCUAAAAAUCCAUGCUCCUUGGGAGACACUGUCAAGAACAGCAGAGGAUAUGAUGAUGCAAAUGCCAAUCAAGGUACAAUUUAUAUAACCUCACGGUACCGUAAACCGCUUCUUUCAAGCCCUGGGCUUACUGCAUAUAUGUCUUCAUAAGGGGUUUUAGGAAGAGGAGCUUAUAUCUUGAGGGGGGGGCUUAUAAUCGGAAUAGUAUAAGCGCUUCAAAAUAAUACUGAUCGAAACAUGUUUUGCUUUUCAACUGAGCUUUAAAACCUAAUAAAAAAUUGGAUUCAUUUCAUUACAAGCUAGAGGGGGCUUAUAUCCGGGGAGUGGAGGGGGCUUUUUAUCGGAUGUAUUUUUUGGUUCACAAUUAGAUGGGCCUAUAACUUACAAGCAGCAGUUUACGUAUCUGAAAAAUAGUAAUAAUAAGAAGGACCAUCGCAGUUGUAAUGGCAAUUAAGCUCGAAAAACAUUUCAGGACCUCAAGGGGAUUACAAACCAUGGCUUCUGCCUUAGCGCUCGUGUGCUCUACCACAUGAGCUAUUAAGACCCCUUACGUUUUCGGGCGUUGAUGAGUAUUUCCAAUAAGUUACAUGGUGUAACUGGAAAGGACAUAAGAGUGUUUUUUCUCUUUGGUUCUUCAGGAAAGCGACAUCCAGUCAAAAACCUGGUAUGAAAGGCAUGUUGGUGGGAACAUUCGCGACAUGAUCAACCGUAACAACCCAUUCGAGAUUCACGACUCCAGUAUCGGCAGUAAACGAAAUUAUUUCAUGGGAUAUUACAAACAGGACCGCUUGGAAAUGUAUGUGGGACACAAGAACAAAGAUACGUUCUUUAGUCGCCCGGAACGCAGCCGCCUGGUGCAGCAGAUCUGCAGUCAGGUUCGAUUUGGAGAUGAGAGAUAUGAUGUUGGGAUCAAAAAGCUUCUACACGAGGGUUGCUAUGUUGCGGCCUACCCCCUCCAUCCCGGUUCCGAGGAAUGUCCCGAGGGCGAACGACCUACGAAUAACAGGCAGCGCUUGAGGCGGGAAUGGGCGCGGUUUGGUCGAUGGUUCAAGUUUCAGCCCUACGACGCUAUCAAGGAUUACUUCGGCACGGAAAUUGGGUUGUACUUCUCCUGGCUGGGUUUCUACACCGCGAUGCUUUUGCCUGCCGCCAUCUUUGGCCUCAUUGUGUUCCUGUACGGCAUCAUCAAAGCGGAAAGUUUUCCGCCGGUCGAAGACGUCUGCAACAAGACUAACGAAAGGCUAUUUUACAUGUGCCCGUUGUGUGACACUCAGUGUGCGUACUGGAGCCUCACCUCCAGCUGUUAUUACGCAAUAGUUGCCCAUGCUUUCGACAACGACAGCACUGUGGUUUUUGCCAUUUUUAUGUCUGUUUGGGCUACUCUGUUUCUAGAGUUCUGGAAGAGAAGGCAAGCUAUUCUUGCCUACCACUGGCACAUGAUGCAUUUUGAAGACCUCGAGGAACAAUUCCGCCCUGAGUUUGUUGCAACAGCACCCACGUGGAAAAAAGACCCAAUCACUGGCAAGGUGGUUCCAUACAUCCCCAAGAUGACCCGAUACCAGAGGUUUGCAGGAAUAGGAAGUGCCAUUUCCUUCAUGAUUUUUCUUGUGAUAGCAGCUGUUAUAGGUGUGGUAGCCUACCGGGCUUCGGUUUAUGGCUCUCUAGUGGCGAGUUCUGACGCGAAGGCACGAAAAAAUGCUAAGAUUCUCACAAGUGUUACAGCGGCCUUGUUGAACUUGGUAUGAAUGACUUUGUUUUGUUAAAGUUAUGUAGAUUCAGGCUUUACCUCAAGUUAAGGAUUCGCUAUCGCUACUGAAAAUUAAAAGGAUUUGCAUGCCACCCAGUCAUGGAUUGCUGCCUUUGAUUUUUGUUUUGUUUUGUUUUGUUAUUGUUUUUAACUUUUGUUUUUGACUUCCGAGAAAGUCAAAUCGUCGCCAUGUUUUAAACGAUUUUGUACAUUUUUUGUGAAAUUAACUUUAGUAAUAUUUUAUUAAAUGAACUAGUCGAGACCUAUGCGUGUUCACUUGAAUAUAUACUUUUUUUAUGCAUCUCUCUCCCAUUCUCAUUCUCUUUUUUCUCUUUGUCCUUCUUCAGGUCUGCAUUAAUCUUUUGAAGUUUUUCUACGAACGUCUAGCCCUCUGGCUGACGAACUGGGAGAACCCUCGCACCGAAACGGACUACAAAGACAGCUUCACCUACAAGAUGUUUCUAUUCCAGUUUGUCAACACCUAUUCGUCCAUAUUUUACAUUGCUUUCUUCAAGUUGAACCUGGUGAUCGGCACACCCGGUAACUACCGCAGAAUAGGAGGCAAGGAUGGAAACCGGUUGGAUGGGUGUGGUGUAGGGGGGUGUCUGUUGGACUUGUGCAUUCAACUGGUGAUCAUCAUGGUCGGUCAACAGAUUAUUGGCAAUAUUACUGAAAUAGCCAUACCGUGAGUAUAAAGAAACUACAGGCUUUAAUCACAGGUCAGAUAUGAAGUACUUGAGGAGACCUUUGACGACCAUAACAAUAUGUUCGCAAUAGUAGUACGAGAGAGCUAACCGGGUCUUCAAACUUAAAAAAGUCAGAGGUCUUUUUUCUUUAAAGAAAAUAAAAUAUUUCCACCUUUUUGCGCUAAAAACAUUCGGUGUUGAGGAGCGUAAGGCCCAGUUCAAACGUCGAUCUUUUCAUGUGCCGAACCUAAUCCCUCCAAUUAAGCACAUGAAGAGAUCGACGUUUGAAUCGAUUAAAUCCGAGAUGUCUAAUUUGGGUUGACAGAUGAAUUAAGAUCGAAUGGCCCACAUGGGAAUUUCGACUGCGAAGCGACUUCGUUUCAAACGUCGAACUUCUUACGUGCCGAACCUUAAGCAUAAAUUACUAAAAUUUAAUUUCUCUUGUAAGUUUUUAAACCAUUGGGCAUAGUGUAAAUGAAUUAGGUCCUACUAAUACAGUUCGAUGUGUGAAUCAACCGUCGAACUUGUAUCAUUUGUUUGUGUCGACCUAAAUAGGUAUUAGGCUCGGUACGUGAAAAGAUAAACGCUUGAACUUGGCCUAAGAUUUUUCUUGUGAUAAGACAGUAAUAUGUUCCUUCAAAACCUAUAACAAUUGAAAAAUAGUAAUUGGUCUGUUUCUCAAUAAAACAAAAAAAAGAUGGUGAAUGUAACGGUUCAGAGGCGUGGGGCAAAGAGUCCUUAACAGGAUUCGAACCUGUGACCUUCCGAACACUGGACAGGCGCUCAAUUCACUGAGCUGCAGAGAGGCCGUAAUGGAGAGUGCAUGACCUGAUACUUGACAAGCGUCCCGAAUACUGCUAGGUCAGUAACGUCAAUAGCGUCCUGUAUGAAUUACAGAAAGAUUUUGAAUGUGGGAGGCGAAUAAUCAGCAAGGCACGAGCGUAACACCAUCUUUUUCUUUAGCUCUUUUUUACUGCCAGGGUUCAAUAUCCUUUGGAACUUCUAGUAUUUUACGAACCGUUCGGCCUUAGGGUUUCCUGAUCAAUAAAAUAUCGCGGGAUUUUUUUAGUGUUGGGUGACGGUGUUGGUUAACAGCCAUAAGGUAUCGGCGUUUGUAAACAUCCAGAAGUUUUACAAUUGCUUAGUAACGAAAACAUGUUCACAUACUAAGCGAAAAGGUAGUUAGUUUACUUAAUCCUGUCGUAGUGAUACAAUAAACGAUGAUUCAAUUUACAGGAUACGAAAAAACUUACACACAAGCUUUCGAUUCCCUCGCGGAAACUUUAUCAAGCGAUGGAUUUGGGCGUUUUGUCACGUGAUUAGACUAUGAAUUACGUGACAGAACGUCUCGAUAGAUCACGGGGAGCUCGUAACCAGCGUCUUUGUUCAAUGUUGAAGCCCGACAAAAUAUUUCGAUUGCCUCCCCAACUCUUCUCUUAAACAUGUUCACUUACUCGCAGGGAAAUUUGUUUUUGUGUUUCUUUGUUUUAUCAAGUGGUUUAAUGAAGUGGUGGAAGAUGCGUCAAGCAGCAAAGGAAAGUUUGGAUAUUCCUCAGUGGGAGCAAGACUACAAAUUGAGCCCUUUACCUGAACAUCAUAUGUUUUGGGAAUAUUUGGAAGUCGGUAAGUGCGCAUCAGGACUGAUAUACAUGUGCAAGUAAUAGUAAUAAUAGUGAUGAUAAUGGCGUUGAUGAUGACGAUGACGUUGAUAUGACGUUGACGAUGAUGAUGGUGAUGAUGAUGAUGAUGAUGAUGAUGAUGAUGAUGAUGAUGAUGAUGAUGAUGAUGAUCAGUAUUGGGUAAUUAAUGAUGAAAAUAAUGAUCUCUUUGAUUGAAACAACGCUAAAAUUGAGAAUUCGGUUUUGCUUUUUGUUGAUUUGUCUCUUACCUUAACUUACCAAUUUAAUACUGAGUAACCAUGUUGAAGAAGAUCUUGGACUCCUUAAGCGUCAUCACAGCAAGUGUGCUUGUGAAAUAGGUGUUGAGAUCUCGUCUUAAUGAGGAGUAGAUGGCCGAAUAUACCCGCUUAACGAAGAGUUAAGACUGUUUCUUCUUAAAUUUAUAAUGACAGAUAGGUUUUUAUGGUGUGUGAUGCAACAUUCUGUGCACCAUUGAUUGUAAAAUCAUUCCCCGGUCAAUUCGCGCUUCUUUUUUAAAUUGUUGACCACGUUAUAUUUUUUCUUUCAGUGUUACAGUUUGGUUUUGUGACCAUGUUUGUCGCAGCGUUCCCUCUCGCUCCGCUCUUUGCCUUAUUAAACUGUGCUAUAGAGCUGCGUGUGGACGCCGUCAAUUUUGUCUGCCAGUUUCGACGACCGAUUGCGGACCGAGCUCAAGACAUUGGAGCCUGGUACCGAAUCAUGGAGGGCAUUGCAAACCUGUCUGUCUUAGUGAACGCAUUUGUGCUCGCGUUCACAUCUGAAUUCAUUCCUAGACUGGUUUACCGCAACUCGUACAGUCCAGACGGUACACUCGCCGGUUACGUGAACAAGAGCUUGUCUUCCUUCAACGUAUCAGACUGGGAUACACUGAAUUUGAUAGGGAAACCCGACGAUAAGUACGUUUACCAGGAACUAAACUACACCAUGGAUUUUUGUAGGUAGGCAUUAGAAGGGUUCUCUUGAUUCUGUUGUAUUCUGUCAGUGGGUGAGUUACUUGGCUUUAUCAUCCAUCGUGAAAAGAACAUUUCGAGGCUUCCCAUCGGUCAAGUUCAUAUUUUACAGUAAAACAGGGAUUAUUCAAAUGGAAUGAGGGUUAGCUGAUUUUGAGAUUACAAUAACAAAUUUUGUUUACAUCGUUUGGAUUUUCAACGUUGCUCACUUGUGUGUGUGUGUGUGCGUAUUUUUUUUUGUAGAUAUCCGGGUUACCACGAGCCACAUGCUCCAUAUGCCGUGACGAAACAGUACUGGCACGUGAUUGCCGCCAGGCUGGCAUUCGUCUUUGUUUUCCAGUACGUCGUGUACGCUUGCACCAAGUUUGUUGCGUGGCUUGUACCUGACCGACCAAAACUAUUAGAGCUGAAAAUAAAACGCGAGGAGUUUUUGGCUAAGGAAUCCCUUCAACAGCGAGGAGUCGAAGAUAUUGACGAUGGAGAUUUAGCAGUGGUCACCUAGAGAGGUUAGCUCUCAAUUAUUAAUUUUUUUAUUAUUUUUUAUUUCACGCUUUUUAACCUUAGGCUCGGUUUAGACGUCGCAUUGCACUUGUGCCGAAAUGUAAUGCCAAUGAGGGAAAUCUAUUGUUCUAUCUCAAUUGCAUGACAUUGGGUUCAUGUGUAAUGCAACGUUUGAGCCGGGUUUUAUGACCGUUUACAUGGAGAAAAGUUGUCCCGGAGGGGGAGGGUCACCCGUCUACCAGAGCCGCCCUGGGAAAGCCCCUAAAGUUGACUCGCCGGCUGGGAGGGGAGGGUAGCCUUUCUACCUAGGACAGGCUUUGUCCAUAUAAAAGGGGCCGAGAACGCGGGAAAAGCAACCGAGGUAGGUCAGCCCGGUUUCAUUUGCAGGUUAGUUUUUUCAGUACAAAUUCUUCACAUUGAAAUAGCUUUAUUUUACUCUACAGCCGCUGCAAGGUGAAAACGGAUUGGAUGUCUACAGUGAACAAUGAAUUAUGCAAUAGCAACGCUCCCAAAAUAACAUUUCCUGUUUAGUUAGUAUGUACUAUUUGUUGAUAUAUAUUAUAUGUGACAUAACUGGUCUGGUUGUGGUUAAUUCUGUGAAAGAUAUAUUCAAAAGGACUGUAAUAAAUAAUCUUUCGUUUGGAGUCUCAAUUAGAUCAAAAUAAAGCUCCUUAUUGGUUUACUCGUGUUUUCAAACACCCUGCCUGUCGUUAGAUGUCGUCAAAGGGACAAACUCACACUUGAAUUCACACAAUGUUUCUUGUCUUAUGUAGGUGUGGAUUCUAAAUGUACCGUCGACUCCCGAUAACUCGAACCAAUUAGGAAAUUGAAAAAAGUUCGAGCUAGCGAGAGUUCCACUUAUCGGAAGUUCGAAGCAAAUAACCGGAAAUAAGAAAAUGGGAUGGAAAUGAAUGCAAGUAACAUGCACACUUCAAAGCUUGAUAAAUACGCAACACUGGACACAGAAAUUAAAUUGGACUGACAAAAAGUAAAGACAAAGACUAUGUGGUUGUUAAAAUAAUUUCAAUGUUUCGGCCUGCAGUACACUUUUUUUUUCCGACUUGUCAGGCGCUUUAAGAAUGGUUCGAGUUAUCGAGGGUAAAUUUAUCUAUCUGAAGGGAAACAAAAGUUACUCCGAGUUAGCGCGAGGUUCGAGUUAGCGAGGGUUCGAGUUAUCGCGAGUCAACUAUAUUAGACGAUUUGUAAACGGAGACCAUCAUUUCAUUCCUUUGGUCGCUUUACCUUACCUCUUUAAACUUUCUAUUUACCUGAACGAAGGUGUUAUAACGGUUGCGGAGUUUUUGAAACGUCAAACAUGACUGAAUUUUUUUUAUGAGGGUUUUAUUCAUAGCCAACCAACCAGGGGAGAGGGGAAGGGGGGUAGACAAGGAAAAAAACAAAGGCCGCAGAGCUGCGUUAUUGCCUAGCUGCGGGCCUGUUUAGUGCGAUAAUCAGGUUUGAUCUUCUCAUAACCUCAUAUAAUUGUUGAAUACGCAACUCAAGUGGUUGUAGGGAAUAAUUCUUCUAUAAAGUUUUUUUGAGAAGCGUGGAGAUAAUUGUCAGGGGAACCCAACGAGAAUAUAGUUCAAAACCACUUAAACAUAGCAUUGUUAAACGUAUUUUAGUAUUUAAACGGUAGAUAAAGGCAUAUUUUUAUCCCCUAAAAAUUUUUAUCUGUUCGGAUUUCCUAGCUGAAAGUCUAGUGAUCCGAAAGUUAUAGGGAUCAAAACUUACCUUUUCGAAAAUGUCAGCCAGAAAAAAGGCUCCUGAAAAUUCUAGGUGACCUUUUUAGGGUAAAAAUCUGUUAAAAAUGGACAAUUAUACCAUUUUUUAGAUGUUCGAAAAUCCUAGGAGAGGCAGGCAAGCAAGAAAUUUUACAACAAAUGUUCCGAAAAUUCUAGAUCUCAAAUCGUCUUCCGAACAGAUAUUUUCCCAAAAUUGACGUUGGGUGCCCCUGAAUUGUGAAUAAGCGCUGUCGUUAUAGCAGUUUCCAUUACAUUACUUAAUUAGUUUUCUAGUUCUCGUUCAAUACAGAUACAAUAAGUUCAUCUCGUUGUAUGGCUUAUAUAAUGUAUAUCUUGCUGCCUGUGACUGAAUAAUGCUGGUGUGUGGAAUCCUUAAAUUUUAGCUUGAAAUUUGUAAACUGCUAAUAAAACCUUUUAUGGGUAUAGUUUCAGAUGUAUUUGAAAUGAAUCAUCCUAGGGUUUCUGAAAGUCUUUUGUCACGCCUUGGGUCCCCUCAUGCACCCGACUGGAAAGGAUAUGAGUUAACUUAGGAACGAACGAAACGUUUUCUGUUUCUCCUUUGAGGCCGUAAUCACACUUUCACUUUAAUCUGGUUGCCAUAGCGAUAUAGCUGAAAAUCCAAAUCGCUUGAGUAUACAGUUGGUGUUUUUUGCCGGACUUCGAUUUAUGUAUUGCAGCCAAAUUACUUCAAAGUCGACUAAAAUCGAAAUCCAUGUCGCUAUACAAGGAUAACAGAUGCUGCCUUGCCCGCCUCACGCUUGAAGAAAACUACGGUGCACUUCGUACAUAUUUUUGUUUAAACUUGGCGACAAAUUCCGGAGAUAUAAGUUGAUAUUUCAUUCACGAUAAACGCCUCAAAAGCACUAUUUGUGCGCAUUUAACAUCCUUUUGUAACUUCAAAUCAUCAUCUUAAGCAUAAUAAAUAAUUAGAUUUUACAUAAUGUUUCAAAAGAAAAUUUUCGAUUGUAGCCUGUGUUGCAAGCGUUUCGGCGCGAGUCCGUCGAAAAAGUUGGAAAGUGGUUGAAAAACAAACAAACAGACAAACAAGCAAACGAACACAAUAGAUACACUCAAGCAGCUUUAUUUGUGUAUCGAAGGCCCCGACAUGACAUAAACUCCUCGCGAGCUGGUUUUGCCUCAUACCUUUCGGCAUUCUUAACCCGCCCUUUAUGAAACCCCGUUAUUAACCAUUGCAUACGGCCACUAAUUUCAGGCCAUAAAAAUGUGGCCGCAGGGAGUGAAUUUUAAAGGUAUUUCGCCGAGGCAACAGAUUGGCCCUAUAAAGGUUUUCUUUUUGUAUUUGUAUUUUGAAUUUUAUAUUUUUUUAAAAAAAAUUUCUCGUGUCCGCUAUCCUUUUUUAUUGGAAAUAAUUUUGAACCUUGGUUUUUUAUCAUCGUGCUUCACGAAGCUAAUUAAACGGACUUACAUGCUAAAAGGAAACUGUCUUGAUCUUUCUGGUGUUGAAUAUAAUUUCUUCCGAUAGUUGCACAGUUGAAUGAUGAUAUAUUCACAACUUCACUUGCAUCGCAGUAUAUUGGCGUAAUCUGCAUCUCUCUUCCCCCAAGUUUGUCCGCAGUAAGAGCGUGCUGAGUGUAAUCGCGAGCAGACGUGUGAUCCUUCUAACGUAUUGUUGUACAGUUUGCAAUUAGCUUAGUUUAAUGCUGAACAAACAAAUACAUAAACAUUUCAAUUACCAUCGUGUAAGGUUCUACGGUUCGUUGGCAAGUAUUUGCAUCCGCUAAAUCUUUCCUGUUUUCAGUCAAAUAUUUUGCAGGAAGUUUCGAUUCCUUUUAUUGUGAGUUUUGUAAAUGUCCAAGAAAAUACAGAAAAAAAGCCACGAAGUUAAAGAGUAAUACCUUCUUCAAGGGUCUCAUUUUAGUUCAGGACCCAUUAAAAGUGAGGAUACGUGUAAGAACAGUUUAUUCUUGAAAACUUUAAGUUUUUCUUACUCCCGAGCCGUAUGGUUUUGCAGGGGGCCAAGAAAACUAAAAGCCCCGUUUCAAAUAGUCUCAGAUGCCAUUUUCUUGUUUUUUUUUUAUUUAUUAGUACUUGUUACAGUUAGCGAGGUAGUAACAUAUCAAGUUGCCUUCACGCUGCGUUUAAGACUUCCGCUGGUGCAAGGCACCUGUAUAUGCGCAGCAGGGAGGUAUUAGCGGUAGAUGAUCGUUGGACUUAUGAACCGUUUUUGAUCGAUAAGUCGGCAUUAAUUCAUUUAAUAUUCGGGUCAUUAUGUAUGGAGUUAGGUGGAAUUGGACAAGUUCAACCUCGCACUACUAAACAGUUGAGAGCAGGGAGCUAUGCCUUCAUUUAUUCGUUCCAGUUCCGCUUUGCCUCAGGUAGGAAUGUCGUACUGGUGCAAGCUCCAAGUAUUUGUGGUUUCCUGUCACGCCCAACGUCAACAUGUAUAUACUGAGUGAAAAAUAUCCGUUUCGUAAUAACUAUCAAAGACUUCAGCAUGGCCUCACCGGACACCAAAACUGUACGAAUAGAUGUGGACGACCCACCUGUCCACACGGGCGACGAGGAAAAUGAUCGCUUGUUGUUUGUAGAGGACCAUAGGACAAAUGCGAAGCGGAAAAUCGACUAUGUUCUUGUCUACGAGACAUGUCAGGAGGAAGAAGAUAAAAUCCCAGCUUUCAAGGAAAGGGCCAGAAAUCACGAAAACAUGAGAAAAAGAUUUGAAACGAGCCUGAAAGAAGCUGGUCUGGAACUGGAUUCCCCUGAUCCACAAGAAACCAGCCGUGAUUUGGUAAGCCGUUUCUAAACAUAUUACAUGGUGGCAUUUACCUCAUAGAAAGCUCAGUAAACUCGACAUUCUGCGAGACACUAUAAUUAGUGAUUGGCUAAAGGUAUAAUAACCUUUUAUUUCUCAAACUGAUUCUGACAGCUAGCCUGUAAACAUUGAGCAGGUUUCAGUGCUGCUUACAACUCCUCUGUAACAGUGUUUGAUCCGUUGCCUCGCACUUCUCCAUGUUAAACUUAUUAAGUCUUCGUAUCAGUUGCAAACAGUUAGAAAAAAAGAAGAAUGAAUUUGUUUAAAUUCUAUUGUGUAAUGAAAUUUACAGGAUUCUUUCGACUUUAUUUCAAUUUCUAUCCAUCAACUUACACCCCUUUUCAUACUCUUCAUGAUGAAAUUAUUUUUGCUCUCUCAGCACCUAUAUUCCCUCCACUUUGUUAAAGAAAACUCGACCUACCAGUUUACAAAACACCUGUCUAGGAUUUGGCCGCUGAGGGACUUUUACAGCACUUUUUUAAAUACGAAUUUAUACUUCGUUUUAAUUAUGUAGGACUUGAUGCGAGAAUUGAGAAGACAAUUUGCCAUCACGCAAGACCUUGCCAAGGGCAUUCAACCUCACAAACAGGUUUCUUUUCUUUCUUUUUUUAAUAACAGUUAUUGGUUACAACACUUCUAAUGACAAUACUUACAUUUACAUGGAGGAAAAAUAAAAACAACGUACAAGAGAUAAAGGAAAAAUACAAUAUUACAGCACACAAACAGGUUUCUAGGGUAAGUCGAUCAAUUGAAUUUGUGAUCAGCGUCCAAUUUAGUUCAACUGCAACGUGUAAGUGAAGGUUUCAGCAGUACGUUGUCUUAUCACCGAGUGACAUUUCACACUGCCCACGUUGUCAUUUGUAUGACAUUCGGGACUUUGCAAGUAUCUUACCUCGACGUUGGAAAUACUCUUGUU